AUGAAGAAAAACAUUGGUAAAUUGAAGCAGUGGACAAAUGAAAGAUUGGGCUCAUCGCAAAAAACUGAGACCACCGAUGAGUUCCAAGAACUACAACAAAAGACUGACAUGAGACACAAUGGCUUUGAUAAACUUCAUUUCGCCACAGAUGUCUAUCUAAAGACUAUAUCAAAGAAGAAAGAUUCGAUCGAAGAGAAAACUAAGACACUUCCGAUUGAGACCCUCGGUUCUACCAUGAGAGUUUAUGGCGAUGAAAUUGGAACCGAUUCUCCUUACGGUUUGGCAUUAGUGAGGUUUGGAAUAGCCAAUGAAAAAGUAGCUAAUGCACAAUUAGAAUAUGUGACUCGGGUUCGAGAAGAAUUUCUUGAAGGGCUUGAAUUUACGAGAAACGAGUUACGGCAGUAUCAGUCACUCAAACGAAAACUUGAAUCACGACGACUUGAUUACGAUGCAAAAUUAAACAAAGUACAAAAGUCUAAAAAAGAAAAACCCGAAUUAGAGGAAGAAAUGCGUGCGGCAAAACAAAAAUACGAGGAAACGAUCGAAGACAUGAGUGAUAAGAUGGCUACGGUACAUGAAUCUGAGGGUCAGUACGUGCAAGAGCUUACAGCAUUUCUUGAUGCAGAGCUGGAAUUCUUCAAAAAGGGAUAUGAAAUUCUUUCAACUGUUCGCAACGAUUGGGUUGAAAGUGAAUCAAAAUUUGUCGUAAGGCGAACUCCUGCGCGCAAAACCACUCGAGACUCUGAUCGAACUCGAGAUUCUGAUCGAUCACGUUCGGAUAACGAUGAAGAAAAAAAAUCAGACAACGAUAGUAUUCGUUCAUCUAAUUCAUCGCGCGACCUUCGAAAAGGGAAAAAAGUUUCUUCCCCAAGCAGAUCAUCAAGUUCUAAGGUCCCUGCACAAUCAAGAUCAGAUAGUCUUAAUGUUCCAAGUGCAAAAGCGCGCUCUGGAAAGUCUUCCACUUCAUCAAAAUCGAUAGAUAUACCAAAUAAAAGUUCUACCCCGAAAAAAAUUGACACGCCAUCUUUGAAAAAACAAGUGAAAGUCUUAUAUAGUUACGAUGGAGAAGGAGAGGAUGAACUCACGAUGGAGGUCGGUGAUAUCAUUACAGUAUUAGAAGAAAUUGAUGAAGGAUGGUGGAUCGGUGAAAUCACCACCGCUGAUGGGAAUCAAUAUAAAGGAAUGUUUCCCGCGAAUUAUACAGAACCUGUUUUAGUUGAAUCGCCACCUCGAGCUACACUGCAGGCACCUCAACGACGUUCUAUGGCUAUUUCUUCUAAAUCUGUACCAACACGUUCACAAUCGCAAAAAUUUUCAAAUGAUAACACAUCAAAGCGUUCCCAAUCAACUCCUAUACCACCUAUUCCAUCACGUAACUCAAAACCACCACCACCGUCACGUAAUUCCUCUUCUUCAAGUCGUCCUCCGCCACCCCGACCUGGAGGAUUCAAAUCCAAUGAGAGCUCUCCACUGGCCAGCUCAAAGACAAGUAAUAGCGCCCGAAAUUCUUAUAUACCACAAAAUUAUUUUGAUACAGCGGAUACAGCGGAUGCAUCAACAAGCGUUGGUGCUUGCGCAGAGUGUGGCUGCGAUGAUUAUUCACCGAAUGUGUUUAAGAAAGGCAGCUGUAAUAACUGUUUCCAUAAACAUUAA